UUCCUAAUACGCUGUCAUAUUAGCACAUAUGCAACCAUCCUUGAUUGUGAGGUCUGGAAGGUCCGCUUGGAAGGGUCCGUACUUCGUCGCUUUUCCAAACUUGAAGCAGGCCUUGGAGGACCACGUUCCGAUAAGAACGCAGGAACGUUCGUGCACCAUCCUUCCUAAUUUCGUCGGAAUUCGUUUCAUGGUCCAUAAUGGUAAAGACUACAUUCCUGUCACUGUCACCCAGGACAUGGUGGGUCAUAAACUGGGUGAGUUUGCUCAUACGAAGAAGCGGUUCGUCUAUCGCAUGACGAAGAACAGAUGAUCCCUCUUAUCUAUGGAGCUGGAAUUUACUUGCGGUUGUGGUAGCAAGACGUAGGGUAUUCAGCCGUACGUAGUGUAAUGUUUUCGUGGAAUAGCAUCGCCGUAGUGGCGGGUAGAUCCGAAAGCGGA